AUGGCACCUUUAACUUUUGUGGAAGAAAAAUCAUCCUCUUCUACACUUCCGCUUCAAGACUUGAAUGAAGAGGAAGAAUACCAAGUAGUGAUUGUUGGAUGUGGACCAAACGGAUCGGUAAUGGCCAACUUACUUGGCAUGUAUGGAAUCAAAACUCUGGUGGUGGAAGCAUCUGACACUAUUUACAAUCUUCCUCGUGCAGCUCAUCUCGAUGAUGAAGCUAUUAGAAUCCUUCAAUUUAUUGGAUUGGAUGAAUUGAUGAAACAAAAUUCUUUGAAAUUGGAUGUAAAAUUUAAUAGAAAAAGUCAGAGUAUGACUUAUUUGACAAUCAAGAAUACAGAGACUGUGUAUGGUCAUCCAAGAUCUAUAUUUUGGUAUCAACCAGAGUUGGAACAAAUACUGGUCAAUGGAUUCCAAAGAUUUGGUGAACAUAUGGUCAAGUUGUUACUUGGCCAUAGAAUGGUUAGAAUGUGUUAUGACCAAAAGACAAAAACAAAUAGAGUCGAGGUGGUCGACAAUGAAACUGGACACGUUAAAAACAUUCGAUGCAACUUUGUAAUUGGAGCAGAUGGGGGCAAUAGUACGGUCAGAAAAUCAAUGUCAUCCAAUUUACAUGGGGAGAGUGGGUCAAUGAGAUGGUUGGUGAUCGACGCUACACUCGACUCGGAUCAUCCCAAAAUCAACGACUACUUUCAAUUUGUGUGCGACCCAAAGUUACCAAUGGUCAGUUGUCCCUUACCAGGAAACCACUUUAGAUGGGAGUUUGCUAUCGCCGAUGGUCAGGAUGAAGACGAGUUUAUCGCUGGCUCGGAUCGAUUAAUCGAGUUGUAUGGUGGUGAUUUAAGCAAACUCAAGAAUAGAGUGGCCGAUCGCUGGUUUGAUGGAGAGUCUCGUUUUAUCAUUGGCGAUGCUGCUCAUUGUCUACCACAGUUUCUCGGGAUGGGAGUAUCGAGUGGUAUGCGAGACAGCAUCAACUUGGCCUGGAAACUAAAAAUGGCAUUGGACAAUAUCAACGAACCUUACCGAAUCAACACUGCUGCACUGCUCGACUCGUACGCUCUCGAGAGAAAACCAGAGGUUGAAUUGAUCGGCAACAAAUCCAACCGUAUCGGCAAUGCAGUCAUGUCUACCAAUAUCAUCGCAUCUACUAUCCGUGACCUAUUCUCCUAUAUCUUACUCUUGAUGCCAUUUAUUCAAACCAUCUUUACAAAUAAUGAAAUGAAACCAAUCGUACCUAUCAAGGAAGGAAUCAUCGACCAUGGGCACGCAACUGACCAAUACUACGACAAAAAGAAAUCCUCACCUUGGAAAUCUUUUCUUGGGUUCUUGGUUAUUUUUUAUUAUGCAUUAUUACAAUGGUCUAGUAGUAGUAGUAGUAGUAGUAGUAGAAAGAAUACACAUAAAAAGAAUGUUGGACAUCGAAUCGUUCAACCCAAUAUCAUAAUGAACAAUAAUAAUAAUAAUAAUAAUACAAUGAAACUAGAUAGUGUCAUGGGACUGGGAUUCAGUUGUUUCGUGGUCAAUGCAACAGACAACACUUUCAGUCUUUUAAAUACCAACUCUUCCAUUUGGAAAUUACUCAACACUUCAUUUAUCACAAUUGGUCAAAAUAAUAGUAGUAGUAGCCAUUGGAAACAAUUCCCAUCCAUUCAAAUUCAAAGAGAUCAAGACAAGCCAUUCAACGCAUUUAUUGGUAAUAAUAUGGAUGGCGAUAGCAUCAUUGUUAUUGUUAGACCAGACAAACAUAUUUUUGGUAUCUACAAAGGUGACAAUGAAAUAGCAACCAUUUCCAAUUCUCUUCAGAAUACCUUUUUAAUAAAUUAA